UUUGAGUACCAUCGUCUGUUUGAUGCUCGUUGUUGCUGCCUCUGGUCAAGUUGAAGAUGCGAACCAGAAUAAUGACUAUUAUCGAAGACACUAUCAGUGCCCUCAAGGAUGGGUUCAGAGAUGCAACCGAUGCUACUUAUAUGUCAACCAGCCAAUGCAAUGGCUGGGCGCCCAAUAUUACUGCAGAAGUCUUGGGGGUGAUUUGGUCACAAUUCGUGACUGGGCAACCAACUACUUCUUGUUCCGCAUCGUGAGGUAUUUCGAUCGGAGGCGAAGAACAGUAUGGAUCGGUGCUAACGAUCGCAGAACCAAAGGCACAUUCGAAUGGUCUGAUGGAACUAGAGCUAACAAGUACAGUUUCCGGUGGUUUUCUCCGGGGGAGCCUGAUGAUGAAUCCCCGGGCCAAGACUGCGUCGAACUGCAAACGCGGGGAAGACGCAGAUUCUUGUGGACAGACAAUUUCUGUGAGGACGAGCAAACCUUUAUUUGUCAGGUCAACGCCUGUUACAAAGGGCAAUUUCGAUGUGAUAAUGGAAAGUGUAUUACAAAGUAUGCAGUGUGCGACCGCGUCAAUGAUUGCGGAGACAACUCUGAUGAGAGGAAUUGCAACAACUGUGGAGGGAUGCUUGAAGGAACAAAUGGCUCUUUUACGUCACCAGAGUACCCUAGGUUUUACCCAUCUGAUUCAGACUGCACUUGGAAGAUCACGGUUCCUUUGAAGUCAAAAGUGGAGCUGUCAUUCAAAGAAAUUCACCUGGAGCCUGGGUUCGAUUAUGUUGAUGUUUACGAUGGGCCAACCUCGUCUUCAAAGAUCAUUGCUCGAUUGAUGGGUCUAGGCAAGGUGACACCUUUGCUGUCAUCUGGUAACCAAAUGCUUGUCCGAUUUGUAUCUGACAAACACAUCGAGAAGAAAGGGUUCUUGGCUAACUACAGCACAAUAAAUGAGAGCGCUUGUGGAGAAGCAUUGAAUGUUGGUAAAGGUCAAAUGCGGGAAAUCAUUUCACCAAAAUAUCCUUUACAUUAUCCAACAAAUUCCAAAUGCACUUGGACGAUUACUGCCGACCCAAACAGUGUACUGAGCCUCCAUUUUGUUGACUUUGAAACCGAACUUAUCAAUGAUGUGGUAGACAUAAGGGAUGGUGUUUUGAGCACAGAUAAAUUGAUCGCCAGAUUGUCAGGCGCACAGACUGGUCAAACGUUCAUUUCGACUGGAGCAGGACUCACGAUGAAGUUCACGUCAGAUCGCGCCAAUGGUAGUAGAGGUUUUAAGGCAGUCGUGUACGGAGGUUGUAACAUCGAACUUAAUGCAACGAAAGGUGUAAUUUCCAGUCCAGGAUUUGGCUAUAAAAACUACCCAAAUAUGUCAGAUUGCACAUGGAAAAUCAACGAACCAAACGGAAGAAACAUCGGCUUAUUGUUUCAUUUUUUCGACACUGAAUUGGACUUUGAUGUUUUGGAUGUGCUGAAUGGCAACACUGGUGCCUCGAUCAAACGAUAUUCUGGAGAACUUGCGAGGCAGGCUUCGGAGGCCUGGAUCCUAGCUACAGCUACGUCACAAUUAGAUUUUACCUUUAAGUCAGAUAACAGCUACAGAAAAAAGGGAUUUCGAAUUUCUUUCUCCGUUGGAUGCCCCAAGUUAGUGGUUCCAGAGCAUGGAUCCAUAAGCACAGUGCAAACAAACUUUGGAGUUCGGGUUACUUACAAAUGCAACAGUGGCUAUAGGCUUAAUGUCAGUGUGACAACAACUUGUCUUUUUGGAGGAAUGUGGUCUGCGAAAGCUCCAAAAUGCCAAGAAAUCAUUUGUGGUCCCCCCGGAAUCAUCGCAAAUGGCGUUUAUCAAAUCGAUGGCAGUUACAACUUCAAUAGCACAGCAACAUACUUUUGUUUUGGGGGGUACCAGUUGAAUGGAAGUCGAGUUCGUCGUUGUCAAGAAAAUGGACUGUGGUCCGGAUCUUUGCCAAAUUGUAUAGAUGUUGGUUGUGGAGACCCUGGGACACCUGCAAAUGGAGCAAGAAGCACGAGCAAUACUAAUGUCAGUGCAGUAAUGUCUUUUACUUGCGACUACGGAUACAACUUGCACGGGCCAAAAACCAUAAUUUGUGGGGCAGAGGGAAAGUGGUCCGGACCAAUUCCCACAUGCAAACCUGUCUUCUGCAUGGUCGUACCAGCACCAGUCAAUGGAAAAUAUUUGCUAGGCCCAAACAGCACAGUUCCUGUUCGAAUAAAUUAUGGAGAAAUACUUAGCUUUACUUGCAAUAGAGGCUAUCGCAUAAGAGGCUCAGAGUCGAUCAUUUGCCAAGCUAAUGGAAAUUUCAACGACACUGCUCCUCGAUGUUUUGACAUCAACGAAUGUAGCAAUGUACCUUGCAAAGGACCUGGAGCUAUCUGUACCAACACUGUUGGGUCGUACAUAUGUAGCUGUAGAGCAGGAUACCAGAAAGUUAAAGGACAGAGGGACACUUGUGAAGAUAUUGACGAUUGUGCAGUUAACAAUGGUGGAUGUGCCCACAAUUGUACUAAUACAGCUGGGAGCUAUCACUGCAGUUGCUUGGAAGGAUACUAUUUGUAUGAUGGCAAGGAAGGUUUGGUUCCACAAACGACUGUCAACCGCACUUGUUUAGGUGUUAAUUGCCCAGCACCAUCACCCCUGGUGAAUGGGGUUAGAGCAUUUUCAUCCUUCCGACAUCCAGCGCUUGUUAUUUCUCAAUGUAAUGCUGGAUAUUUACGAACUGGCCCAAAAGAGAUUCGGUGCUUGAAAUCAGGCAGCUGGAGUGGUGGCUAUGCUGCGUGCAAUGCGGUUAAUUGUGGAGAUCCUGGGUCAUCGGUGAAUGCUUUCACCAACGUCACAGAUGGAUGGAACUUUAUGUCAAAAAUCAAUUACGAAUGUUUGGAGGGACACAUCAGCGAGAAUGGAUCACUCCAAAGAGUGUGUCUAGCAAACGAGACACAUGCCUUUUGGACAGGCUUGCCCCUUGCUUGCAAAAGAAUUUCAUGUGGAAGACAAUUGGAAAUCGCCAAUGGCAAACUGGUGUAUUUGAAUGGAACUCUUUUUGGAGAUAAAAUCGUGUAUGAAUGCCAACCCGGAUACAAUCUGACAGGAGGGAGUCAAAACAGAACAUGCUCCUCACGUGGUACCUGGUCAGGAACUGAACCAAAUUGCCAAGCUCAAUCAUGCCCAGAUCCUGGUGUUCCAAAAUACGGAAAAAGGAAAGGAAUUUCUGUCGUUGGAGAAACAGUCGUAUAUAGCUGUGUCUCUGGCUACUCCCUGUCUGGAGAUGUAAACCGCACGUGCAAUUUUAUAAGCGGCAAAGGACUGGUGUGGUCAGGCGUUUUACCUCAGUGCAAAGAAUCUCAGCCUCCCUCCUUUGGAAACACAUGCCCCCCCAGCACCGUCGUGGCUUUACCUAAAGGAGAAGCAACCAUGUACUAUUCUUGGACUGUGCCAACAGCAACAGACAACAGUGGAAUACCACCGAAUGUGACAGCAACGCCAAUUUCGAUGCCCCCUCUCCAGUUAGGACCUGGAGUUACUUCAAUCACUUAUCAUGCGGAAGAUGCAGAAGGAAAUACUGCCAAUUGCACUUUUACAAUAACAGUUGAAGAUAAAGAAGCACCAGUAAUUGAAUGUCCAAAGAACGUGAUCAUAUCAAGCGACUUGCCGGUUAUCGCCUAUUGGGGAAGUGGGUAUGCCAAAGAUAAUACUCGUAUUGCAAGUAUCGUCUUCAACCCUCCAAACGGAACAACAUUCAUGUCUGACUCUCGAAAUCUAGUGACGAUGAAUGCUACAGAUCUUUAUGGCAAUCGAGCAUUAUGUAUCAUGGAAGUUACUGUGAGAGGAUGUGGCUGUCCGAACAACAGAACAUGCAAUAUUCAGCCGGAAAAUGGUGUUGCGUCUUGUCAUGUCAAUUCGCCCCUAACAUCCUGCAAUAUUUCUUGCAAUACGAACUACACAAUUGCAGAUAAGACCGUCACCGUGACGUCACCAACCUUUUACUGUCCUGGCGGAAAUUGGACUCAGUCACCUGGUUGUGCACCAAAAGUGUUUGUCGAUGUUUGCUAUAAGUUUGGUGCACUUUGCGAAUACAGUUCCGAUGCUAGACCUGGAUCGUCUAUGGCCGUCUGGACAAAUGUCUCCGAUUUGCUGAUCACCUACCUGAAGGGGCGGUCAUUGCCAGCAUGUGCAGAUAUGCAGAUAUCAAGGGAUGAUUUAAGUGUUACAGCAUUUGGCCUUCUUGGAAUAACGUCGAAAAUAAAAGUCUCGUUUGCAUCAUUGGUUGCCAUACAAAACAUGACCCUUGUGAGGCUAAGUAACUGUGCUGCUGCUUUGGAGGACCACAUGAGAGGCCCUCAAUUCAAUUUAACUGCUGCCUGUGCUCCAGUUGGUUUGUAUUCCAGUCAACGUGUGAACGUACAAUCAAGCAAGUCAUGCUGUGAUCGCACUAAAGCAUCCUGUUGCCCAGGCAACAAUAUUUAUGUCAAGACCUCUUAUCUGGCUACGGAUUAUUGUUACACCGCCACCUCUGGAAUGUAUUACAAUACAACAAUGGAGAACUGUUUGGGAUGCCCAGUAAAUACGUUUGCACCCUUUGGCGGCCUACCAGGCUGUCUGCGGUGUCCAUCUGGUUCAGGAACUCUAGGAACUUACUCAAAGAAAUGCCUAGUAUACUGUAAAGCUGGCACAUUUUCUAGCGAUGGCUUUGGUCCCGGUUGUCGCCCGUGUCCAAUUGGCGAGUACCAAUCGUCUGAAAAGUCGACCAAAUGUGUGAAGUGCCUGUCUGGCCAAUCAACAAAAUCAACUGGAGCAAAAUCAAUAGCGGAAUGUGUAGAUCCUUGCGCUGCGGGUAACUUUUCAGGUAAUGGAUACAGCCCUUGCGAACAAUGUCUCAUUGGCACUUUCCAACCCAACACUGGCCGAGUGGUCUGUUAUCUCUGCCCUGGCGGAGGAACAUUUGGCGGCAAAACAGGCGCAGUCUCAGUUUCAGAAUGUCCAACCAACGAUUCUUGCUACGCUUCGCCCUGUCAGAACAACGGCACGUGCAUUCGUGGUAAAUUUGCUUACUCAUGUAAGUGUGCAGAUGGUUACACUGGCAAAGACUGCAAGAUCGAGGUCGACGAAUGCGCUUCGGCGCCAUGUCAGAAUGGGGGCAGCUGCACUGAGUUAGUGAACUCGUAUACCUGUAAAUGCCCUCCUGGAUAUACAGGUUCAAACUGCGAGAUUGACAUUAACGAAUGUGAAAGUCAGCCUUGUAUGCACGGGGGUAACUGCGUGGAUGGCGUAAAUUCGGUGACAUGCAUUUGUAGGCCUGGCCUGACAGGAGGAUUCUGCGAAAAAAACAUCAAUGAGUGUGCUUCUAGUCCAUGUAAAAACGGAGCGACUUGCCUCAACUUAGUGAACCGUUAUUUAUGUCUCUGUUCGCCUGGUUAUUAUGGAGUAAACUGUGAAAAUGAUACUGAUGAGUGUUUGUCGAAGCCUUGCCGAAACAAUGCAACGUGUAUUGACCAGGUGAACAGUUUUAAGUGUGAUUGCCAACCCGGGUUUGCAGGCAAAAUCUGUGAAGUGGAUAUCAAUGAAUGCUUGGGUGAACCAUGCACCAAUAAUGGAACUUGUUUGGACAAAGUUAAUGACUAUCAAUGUAUCUGCCAGGCAGGCUAUACCGGGAAGAGCUGUUCAAUUAACAUCGACGAGUGUGCCACAACACCUUGUAAAAACGGUGGAUCCUGUACCGAUCAAGUUAAUAGCUUUGAAUGCACUUGUUUGGCUGGAUAUACAGGAAAACGAUGUGAAAUUGAUAUCAAUGAAUGCGGCUCAAGUCCUUGCAGAAAUAACGCCACUUGUGUUGACCAGGUGAAUUCAUACAAUUGUACUUGUCGUCCUGGAUUCUACGGCGAUCAUUGUGAAAAUGAGACAAAUGAAUGCGUUCCAAAUCCCUGUGUCCACAGUGGCUGCGUAGAUUUAGUUGCUGACUACAGAUGUGAUUGUAUGGCUGGUUUAACUGGGAAAGACUGCGAUCAUAAUAUCGACGACUGCGCGUCACUUCCGUGUCAGAAUUCUGGGAAUUGUACGGAUUUCGUUAAUGGCUAUAACUGCACAUGUGCGCCAGGAUAUACAGGUGUAAACUGUGAGACUGACGUCAAUGAAUGUAGCCCAAAUUCAUGCCGUGGAAAUGCUUACAACUGCACAGACCUAAGCAAUGGAGUUUACUGUAACUGCAAACCAGGGUAUAGAGGACGAUCAUGCGAGAUUGAGAUAGACUACUGCACGCCAAAUCCCUGUUUGUACAACAGUACAUGCAUGAAUGUAAAAGAUUCAGCCUCGUUCCAGUGUAAUUGUACCGAUGGAUAUAUGGGUGACACUUGCGGAACCGAGAUUAAUGAGUGUGCGUCGAAUCCAUGCCAGAAUGGAGGAACUUGCGUUGACCUGGUUGCAGCAUACACUUGUAACUGCACGCUAGGCUUUUCUGGUUUGAAUUGUGAAAUCAAUAUUGAUGACUGCAUUGUACGUAAUGGCUCUCUUCCAUGCCUUAAUGGCGGUGUCUGCUUAGAUGGCAUCAACUCCUUCCGAUGCCAAUGCCCAAUUACACAUACUGGGCAAAGAUGCCAGAAAGCGAAAUCACCGAGGUUUGACCUUCGUUUUCAUGGCGGAAGUGGCUCUUAUUUGAGUUACAUGAACUUCAGCAGUGUACCGGCGAUUACAGUAGCAAGUUGGGUGCGUUUCCUCGGAAAGACCUCGGCUGGCACAUUCUUAAUGCUAACAAACAUGGUCAACACAUCAUAUCAUGAUAUUUUGCUUGAAAUCCAAGAUAGAUUCGUACGAUUUACUCCAUCGAAUGGCAGUCGGGUGACUCAUCCGUUUGCAAAGCCUUUGAAUGACGGUCUAUGGCACCACGUUAUUGUAUCAAUUGAACCAACAAGUGGAAGCGUGCAAGUCUACAAGGAUACAGAGGUUGUUUUUAACUCGAUUGAAAACGGCAUGAAAAAUAGAAAACUAUUUGACCCAAAAGGCAUGCUAAUACUCGGUCAGGAAAUGUCGAACAUGGGGUCAGUUCUAAGCAACUCCUUUGCGGGUGAAAUUGGCCAGGUUGGCAUUUGGAAUAGAGUCCUGAGCUCUGCUGAAAGAUCUGCCUUGACAGCAAACUGUUCUUCAAAUCUCACAAACACGCUGCGUUCGUGGAUUCACCUCAAUGGAUUUAAAGGACCCAAUGUUACGAUCAUGGAGCCAGCAACAUGUGGUAGCAACACGUGUCCGCCAUCUUUCAUAGGCCAGUUCUGUGAGACUGAAAUUGACAAGGAGCCACCAAAGGUCUCCAGGUGCCCAAAUGUAACCCAAGUGGUAACACCAAACAGAGUUUCCGUUGUGACAUGGACAGAGCCUAUAUUCAGUGACAAUAAAGUGGUUGCUACCAUCAGAGCUUCUCAUCGCUCCGGAUCUUUCAUGGCUUGGGGAGAUUACAUUGUUACUUACGUUGCAAGCGAUGCUUCUGGCAACUCUGCAUCCUGCACGUUUGACCUUUACGUCAUACGUAAGUUUACACAGUUGGCAAUUACACAUUUUACUGUUCAGAGGCCGUUUUGUUUCUUUUAUUUUUAUAGAGUUUUAAAAUGUGAUGUCACCAAAAUCCUAUUUCUAGAAUAUUGGAAUUUUAACUAUGUAACAUAAAAAUCCCCACCUAGUACUUCCAAAUAUGCAAAAUCAGUCAAAUUUGUCUAAAAUUGGUUGAGAUAUUGCUAAUCAAAAAUUUUAAGUUUGCUAAAGAACCACUCUGCUAAAGAAUCAAGAAC